AAACCACGCCCUGGUGACGAGUCCGGAAGCCUUGGUGCUUCUUGCUGGUUGGUUGGCAGCAGGAGAUUGGUUGGUUAAGCUUGUGACCCGCUUCUUACCGCUGCAUGUGAUUCUGGAACACCCGGAACUCUCAAGGGGAGCGAUGAUUAGAAGCUCCUCCCGAGGUGUCUCAGUCGGCUCGGAUUAUGUGUGUGACAAAGUGACUGUACCUUGCCGGGCCUGCUAACCCAAGGAGUGUGUCUGAUAAGGAUUCUAAGGACUGGAGCGGCACUUUUUGGAAUUCACUCUUCAGUUCUACUCCACCAGAAGCCAUGGCAGGAGACAUAACAGAAACAGGGGAGCUAUACUCUCCAUUUGUUGGCCUGGUGUACAUGUUCAACCUUAUAGUUGGCACGGGUGCCCUCACCAUGCCAAAGGCCUUUGCCAAUGCUGGCUGGUUGGUUAGCUUAAUCCUUAUCAUCUUCCUUUCAUUUAUGAGCUAUAUGACAACCACUUUUGUUGUGGAAGCUAUGGCCGCUGCCAAUGCUCAGCUGCGAUGGAAGAGAUGGGAAAAGGAGGAGGAUCCUGACUCAUCAGAAAGCUCUGAUAAUGAAGUUCCCUCUCCCAGCGGGUACAACCGAUCUGAAACCGAGCCUAUCCUCUCAGUCCAGCGUCGUGGUUUAUCUGACCCUUUUGAGAUUGUGGAGCGCGUGGAAAUGGGCCAGAUGGCAUCUUUGUUCUUUAAUAAAGCUGGAAUCAACCUAUUUUAUUUUUGCAUCAUUAUAUAUCUGUAUGGGGAUCUGGCUAUAUAUGCAACGGCUGUACCUCUGUCUCUGGUGCAGGUUACAUGCUUCUCUGCUAAUGGGUCAUGCUCAUCUCAGUCUGAAGAACGGAAUGACACUGAUCCGUGCUGGGGACCUAUCCGACGCAUUGAUGCCUACAGGAUCUAUUUGGCUGUCUUCACACUGCUUCUUGGCCCCUUCACUUUCUUCAAUGUGCAGAAGACAAAAUACCUCCAGAUGCUGACUUCGCUCAUGAGAUGGAUCGCGUUUAUUAUCAUGAUUGUACUCGCUCUGGUUCGGAUUGGUAAAGGGGAAGGGGCCGGCCACCCCCCACUAGCACAAGUGUCAGGGAUCCGGAACCUGUUUGGGGUCUGCGUGUACUCCUUUAUGUGCCAGCAUUCCCUGCCUUCUCUGGUCACCCCUAUAUCCAAAAAGAAGCAUCUGACGGGACUUGUCCUUGUGGAUUAUUUCCUGGUGCUAGCCUUUUACAGCCUGCUGUGCUUCACAGCCAUAUUUUGCUUCAGCUCCGGGGCCCUCAUGGAUAUGUACACGCUUAACUUCAGCGGCUGCAGUCCCUUUGUCCCCCAAGUUAUUGGCUACUUCCUUGGACUCUUUCCGGUCUUCACCAUCAGCACUAACUUCCCCAUCAUUGCUGUGACGCUACGUAAUAACUGGAAAACUCUCUUCCACCGUGAUGGCGGGACAUACCCAUGGCUGGUUGACCGUGUAGUCUUUCCCCUCAUUACGCUGGUGCCCCCUGUAAUUGUGGCCUUUUGUACCAACCACUUGGAAGUCCUGGUUAGUAUCACAGGUGCCUAUGCAGGGAAUGGCAUCCAAUACGUGAUCCCUGCCUUCCUUGUUUUUUGCAGCCGGAAAGACAAUGCUUUGGUAUACGGUCCUGGACUCACCAAUAAGCAUACUUCCCCUUUCCGGCAGGUGGGCUGGGUGUGGUUUGUGCUCUGUUGGGCACUUACCUGUUUUAUCUAUGUCACAGCCAAUAUCAUCCUGACGGACGGCUCACUGUAAGACUUCUCCUAUCAUGCACAAUCUAGGGUUUGGCCUGUGCUGGACACAGGCGUUGGACUUAGGAGGAUAAAGGCAUCUACUGAUGUGGUCUCUCCAGUCAUGGGGCUGGCCCCUCACUAAGUGUCACUUUGCUGCUAUCAUUCCCUUAUUUAACAUUUCAACUCCUAUCUGGAGCCCCAACAAACUGUCUGUAACAAAUACUGUCCCAAUUCCCUCCGAUGAUGCCUCUCUCUCUUUUUCUGUGCCUUGUCUUCUAUACUCACAGGAGCGCCAGGACGUGACCCCAAAUUUCCACUGUUUCCUGAGGGACUCAGGGUAAAUGGGUCUUGGUUGUGUCUUGCCUCCAUAAAUGACUCUCACUGUCUUUCUUGUGUUGCCAAGCUUAAAUCCUAGGGUUGGCUUAAUACAGGCUUGGGCAACUUCUAGGUGUUGUACUAUAAACAACAUAUUACGGAGGGGCUGCUUAAAGGGAUUCUGACGGUGGAAGAAGUUUUUGCAUAUGCCUGACAAUAAUGUAUAAUGUGUAAAGUUUUGUCAUUUGGGGGGAAAGUCAUUUGCUGUAAUAAUUUGUUCUUGCCCAAGGAUGUGUAUCUCCUGGUAAUCAUGAAGGUAAAAAUAUGGUAGCCUUGUCUUGCUUUAUGGCAAGGAUUAUCAGAGAUAUACUCAUGAUCAGAACGUGUAUUCCACAAUUUUAUUGAUUGACCUUCCUCCUCUUCUCUAAUAAAAUGUUCCAGCCUUGGAUACAUUCCAUUAGAAUGCCGUCCGCUAUCUUCUUUGAUUCCUUCAGUGAUAUUAUAAUAGUUUACUAUACUUCACAAGGGAUCCCUAGAUAGCAGGGUGGCGCUCUAAUGGUACCCUGAGCCGGUGUGUUUUUUAUAGGAGUGACAGGUACCACGGUAGCGAUUAGAGUAAACAAAUUGGCACCCCCUUGUGAAUUUCAUUUUCGCUGUCCUUUUAUAUCUGUAUCAGAAAGUGUGCGGUUACUGCACUGCCCCCCUGUGGAUGAUGCUGUCUCUGUUGAGUGGGGAAGAGCAGAUUUCAAAAGCAUUUGAACGAUUCAUAUACAUUUGAAAUGCGACCUCUACUGUAUUACAGAGUAACGCAUCACUGUAUAAAGGAACAUGAAACAGUAUUUUUAAUAAUGGGGGUAAUUAUUUGAUGAGCGUAUACUCCCUUCUGUUGUGUGGGCUGAGCUAUUUCCCCAAAAUGCCCUGUUGGGUCUGUGGUUUCUCCAGCCAUGCCUAGAAUUAUGUUGAAGUUGUAUUUUUAUGAUGAUAUAAAUGCCGGGCAGCUUCUCACCGCAUUGUGGUGAAUGACAGCCUCCCUGAUUGCUCCUGCACUUUGCACUCGGAAUAAAACCUAAUGACAUUU